UCCUCAGAGGCAGGAAAUACUUUCCAGGCAAUCUGGGCCUGGUGGUGGAGGCCCCCUUUCGCAAAACAUCAGUCUGAAUUUAGUAGACAGAAGUCACCAGGAACGCCUUGACACAAUCCUGCUUUCCCUGAGGUUCCUUCCAGCUGCAGAGGGUGUUUUUGUUAGAAUCACACACUGCGUAAAACUGCUCAGUGUAGAGCCAUGAUCUCAACCACGAAAUGUGAACUUAGAUUUUGGAAAAGCUAACCGGGACGGACGUCUUUCCUAGCCUGAGUGUCGAACAGUUGUCAUGCCUUGGCGUUUCAGCUUCUCCUUGUCUAGGUGGCGAAAUGACAAAACUCCCUCCUUUCCUUGAUCCGUGAAUUUGAAAUAAUCUUUCAUCAAGUUCCAUCUCCUCUAGCCUCAUAUGGAAUGUAUCUCUCUGUCUGUCGUGAAACUACAAUGACAUGUCUGUAGCUAUCAGAAAGAGAAGCUGGGAAGAACAUGUGACCCGAUGGAAGGGACAGCCUUUUAAUUCUGAUGCUUGUGACACAGCAUGUCAUCAUGGACUAGGAGCUGACAGCUCGCAGGGAAGGAUGGAAAAGGAUGUAGCACCAAAUGUGGACCGCAAAGAGAAGUGUGUUUCACUCCCAGACUGCUGUCACGCACCAGAGCUGAGAGAUUAUCCUGGGAGGCCAAUGGGUCACAUUUCAAGGGAGGUGGAUAACAAUGACCACCGUGAAAGUGAGGAUCAGUUUCUUUCUCUGGAAGCCAGCACAGAAACGCUGGUGCAUGUUUCUGAUGAGGACACGGAUUCUGACUUACACCUUAUAGAUGAUAAACAGAUUUUAACUACCCAAGGGCAGAAACCAUCAGGCAGACCUAUCACUGAAGGAGCAGGCUCCUUAAUAAAGACACAGCCCAUCGUGGAAAGUCACAAAGAUUCUCCAGACUCCUGGGGAACAGCUGAUUUAGCACUGGUAGAACCAAGUGGGGCGAGAAAAGUUGUUGACACUAUAAGUAAGAGCCUGGAGCUUUAUCGUGAUAUAAACUUAAGUGAAAUUAAAGAUGCACCCAAAUUAAAUGCGUUUGACUCUUUGACUGUGAAAGAUAUCGUGCCUGAGAAGCAGUUGCUUAAUUCUGCGGUGAUUGCUCAGCAGCGAAGGAAACCUGAUUUCCCCGAAGAUGACAUUGAAAGUCACACCUGCCGUGCAGUUCAAGAUGAGUUCUUGGCUGUUCCUUGCACAGACAGAGGACUGUCAUUAUUGAAAGCAGAUUUUGGAAGCUGCCUCCUGCAGCCCUCUUCCUGCCCCAGUGGAAUGUCAGCCAAAAGUGUCCUGGAGAAGCGGGGAUUCUCAGAACAUCAAAACCAACGUCCUCCUGAGGUCAAGCCAGAAGGUGACACGCAGUGUUUACACUUAGGAGAGACUCCGGCCACCCACGAAUCCACAGAUAACCAAGUCACUCUCCGCAGGAGAAAGGAAGUAAGAGAGGACCGAGAUCGGGCGCGGCUGGACUCCAUGGUGCUGCUGAUUAUGAAACUGGACCAGCUCGAUCAGGACAUUGAGAAUGCUCUCAGCGCCAGCUCCUCCCCAUCAAGCACGCCCACCAACCUGCGGCGCCAUGUUCCCGAUCUGGAAUCAGGAUCCGAAAGUACAGCAGAAACCAUUCCAGUAAAUCAGACACAAGUAAAUUUAUCUUCUAACACUGAGUCCACUGACCUACCAUCUUCCACCCCAGCAGCCAGUUCUGGAACCAAACCCAAGGCUUCGGCUAUUCCAGGUAUUUCCGAGAAGGAAAAGGCUGAAAUCGAAGCCAAAGAAGCAUGUGAUUGGCUGCGGGCAACUGGCUUUCCCCAGUAUGCCCAGCUUUAUGAAGAUCUCUUGUUCCCCAUUGAUAUUUCCUUGGUCAAGCGAGAGCAUGAUUUUUUGGACAGAGAUGCCAUUGAGGCUCUAUGCAGGCGGCUAAAUACUUUAAACAAAUGUGCAGUGAUGAAGCUUGAAAUUAGUCCUCAUCGGAAAAGAAGUGACGAUUCAGAUGAGGACGAGCCUUGUGCCAUAAGUGGCAAAUGGACUUUCCAGAGGGACAGCAAGAGGUGGUCCCGGCUUGAAGAGUUUGAUGUCUUUUCUCCAAAGGAGGACCCGAUCCCUGGGUCCCCAGAUGAUUCUCACCUGAAGGAUGUUGCGAGCCCCGGGGACAUGCUGAUGGACCUUGUGGAGUGCCAGGAAGUGUCCUCCUUCCGCAGCCUGAGCAGCACCAGCAGCCUCCCCAGCCACGUGCCCCCCAGCGAGGACACCAUGACCCCCCGGACUAACUCGGUCACCAGCGUCUGCUCCUCCAGCAACUUUGCAGGCCAUGACGACUCCUUCUGCAGCCUGCCCUCUCCCAAGGAACUGUCCAGCUUCAGCUUCAGCAUGAAAGGCCAUGAGAAAAGCACCAAGUCCAAGACACGCAGCCUGCUGAAACGGAUGGAGAGCCUGAAGCUCAAGGGCUCCCACCACAGCAAGCACAAAGCACCUGCCAAGCUGGGGCUGGUUAUCAGCGGGCCCAUUCUGCACGAGGGGGUGGAUGAGGACAAGCUGAAGCAGCUGAACUGCGUGGAGAUCUCAGCCCUCAACGGCAACCGCAUCAACGUCCCCAUGGUACGAAAGAGGAGCGUCUCCAACUCCACGCAGACCAGCAGCAGCAGCAGCCAGUCGGAGACCAGCAGCGCCGUCAGCACACCUAGCCCCGUCACCAGGACCCGGAGCCUCAGUGCCUGCAACAAGCGGGUGGGCAUGUAUUUAGAGGGCUUCGAUCCCUUCAACCAGUCGACGUUUAACAACGUAAUGGAACAGAACUUUAAAAACCGCGAGAGCUACCCAGAGGACACCGUGUUCUAUAUCCCCGAAGAUCACAAGCCUGGCACUUUCCCUAAGGCCCUCUCCAAUGGCAGUUUCUCCCCCUCAGGGAAUAACAGCUCAGUGAACUGGAGGACAGGGAGCUUCCACGGCUCUGGCCAUAUCAGCCUAAGGAGGGAAAACAGCGGCGACAGCCCCAAGGAGCUCAAGAGGCGCAAUUCCUCCAGCUCUGUGAGCAGCCGUCUCAGCAUCUACGAUAACGUGCCGGGCUCCAUCCUCUAUUCCAGUUCAGGAGACCUGGCUGACCUGGAGAACGAGGACAUCUUCCCAGAGCUGGACGACAUUCUCUACCACGUGAAAGGGAUGCAACGUAUAGUCAAUCAGUGGUCGGAGAAGUUUUCGGAUGAGGGAGACUCCGAUUCGGCCCUGGACUCAGUCUCUCCCUGCCCAUCCUCUCCAAAACAGAUACACCUGGAUGUGGACAACGAUCGCACCACACCCAGUGACCUGGACAGCACGGGCAACUCCCUGAACGAACCCGAAGAGCCCUCCGACAUCCCGGAGCGAAGGGAUUCUGGGGUUGGGGCGUCCCUGACCAGGUCCACCAGGCACAGACUGAGAUGGCACAGUUUCCAGAGCUCUCACCGGCCCAGCCUGAACUCCGUGUCGCUGCAGAUAAACUGCCAGUCUGUGGCCCAGAUGAACCUGCUGCAGAAAUACUCGCUCCUGAAGUUAACGGCCCUGCUGGAAAAAUACACCCCCUCCAACAAGCAUGGUUUCAGCUGGGCUGUGCCCAAGUUCAUGAAAAGGAUCAAGGUUCCAGACUACAAGGACCGGCAUGUGUUUGGGGUGCCUCUGACGGUCAACGUGCAGCGCACGGGGCAGCCCCUACCCCAGAGCAUCCUGCAGGCUAUGCGUUACCUCCGGAACCACUGUUUGGACCAGGUUGGGCUCUUCAGAAAAUCGGGGGUCAAAUCCCGGAUUCAGGCUCUGCGCCAGAUGAAUGAAGGUGCCCUAGACUGUGUCAACUACGAGGGACAGUCUGCUUACGACGUGGCAGACAUGCUGAAGCAGUACUUCCGAGACCUUCCUGAGCCGCUCAUGACGAACAAGCUCUCGGAAACCUUUCUGCAGAUCUACCAGUAUGUGCCCAAGGACCAGCGCCUCCAGGCCAUCAAGGCCGCCGUGAUGCUCCUUCCUGACGACAACCGGGAGGUUCUCCAGACGCUUCUUUAUUUCUUGAGCGAUGUCACAGCAGCUGUGAAAGAAAACCAGAUGACGCCGACCAACCUGGCCGUGUGCUUAGCGCCUUCACUCUUCCAUCUCAACACCCUGAAGAGAGAGAAUUCCUCCCCAAGGUACAGGGUAAUGCAAAGAAAACAAAGUCUGGGCAAACCAGAUCAGAAAGAUUUGAAUGAAAACCUAGCUGCCACUCAAGGGCUGGCCCAUAUGAUUGCUGAGUGCAAGAAGCUGUUCCAGGUUCCUGACGAAAUGAGCCGCUGCCGUAAUUCCUAUACUGAACAAGAGCUGAAGCCCCUCACCCUGGAGGCCCUGGGCCGCCUGAGUAAUCACGAGUCCACUGACUACCAGCACUUCCUCCAGGACUGUGUGGACGGCCUGUUCAAAGAGGUGAAAGAGAAGUUUAAAGGCUGGGUCAGCUACUCUACUUCUGAGCAGGCUGAGCUGUCCUAUAAGAAGUUGAGUGAAGGACCCCCUUUAAGGCUUUGGAGAUCAACAAUUGACGUCCCUGCUUCACCUGAAGAAAUCUUAAAGCGCCUACUAAAAGAACAGCACCUCUGGGACGCAGACCUGUUGGAUUCAAAAGUGAUUGAAAUUCUGGACAGUCAGACUGAAAUUUACCAGUAUGUCCAGAACAGCAUGGCUCCCCACCCUGCCCGGGACUACGUAGUUUUGAGGACCUGGAGGACUAAUUUACCCAAGGGCGCGUGUGCACUUUUGCUCACUUCUGUGGACCACGACCGGGCACCUGUGGUGGGUGUGAGGGUUAAUGUGCUCUUGUCCCGGUAUUUGAUUGAACCCUGCGGGCCAGGAAAAUCCAAACUCACCUAUAUGUGCAGAGCUGAUUUGAGGGGCCACAUGCCAGAGUGGUACACAAAAUCUUUUGGACAUUUGUGUGCAGCUGAGGUUGUCAAAAUCCGGGACUCCUUCACAAACCAGAACACUGAAACCAAAGACACCAAAUCGAGGUGAUUACUGAAGCAAAGCAACUGUGUCUACCAUCCAGGUGUUUCUUUCUAGAACCUUGCCAGUCAGUUCCUUGAAAAAUGGGUUCUGUGAUCCUCAAACAAAGAGAACUACAAGUUGAAGUGUGUAGGAAUUGACUCUCGCAAUUUGAUACAUUUUUGAAGCUGCUUCCUGUUUGUUUAAGGUCUACGUAGCUAGACCUUGACUGGAAUAUGUGAGACUGUGCAAAAAAAAAAAAUGUAUUUGUAUUCUUAUUCAAGUUGCUUCUGAGAAGCAAAGCUCUAAAUACAUUGCAGAAGAUAAUGAAGAUGUUUGUUCUCUUGUGAUAUUGGUGUAUGAAUCCUGUGUCAUUUGGCCGUGUGCGAAGAGGCUGGUGUAUCCACUGGAAUAGUUGGUACUCUUCGACAUGUUUUCUCACUGAGAUGCGCAGAGAAAGGUUUGCACAGAGGAGCGUGAAUGUGUAUUUGUUGCUGGUUGAGUGGCAUAGAUGGAUGCGUUGGAACGCAGUGUCUGGCACACUGAGACGCCUCCGAGAAGGAUAUUGAUGCAUCGGGUGCAUUUGAACCUGAAAUAUCUGACUACCCUAUGGAUCCUGUAGAAAGGGCUCCUAACACCCUUAAUAAGUUUAUGAAGCUGGGUUUUUUUCCCCCAAUUAUUAAUCAUUUUUUUCCUACACCAAUCCUUUCUGUACUUGAAUUAUAAUAGAUUUGCUCUGAUAUCCACUUCAAAUGCAGUUUGUUUUUGAACCUGACUGCAUAUAGUGAUGGAGUUUGAACUGGCAGAGAUUAGUUCAAGAAUGAACUCCCUCACCACCAGCCUCACUAGCUCCAAAACACAGCUGUGAUUUUGAGAGGUGAAAAUGAAGCAUUCUACCAUUUACUUCUCAAUCAAGCAUCACAACUUUUUCCUUAUUAAAAUUAUUUGCAUUUUUGUGUUUAUAACAGAAACCUUUCAGACACUGUGUGUAUAAAAACAUAGGAAACUAUGACUAUCCCAGGGAAAUCUCUGCAAAUUUAACCCAGCCACAAAAGACCUUUGUAUGUUGUUGUUGUUGUUGUUGUUGUUUUGGUGGUAGUUAUUAGCAUUCCUAAGAGCUGCCACUUUAUCAAUUGGGGUUGCUCUUAUCAGCAAAUAGGUUUUCUGGUUUUAUAACUUCUUGCUUUAUUUUGGUUUUCCUAAAUUUAUCUUUUUCAUCUUUAGAAUACCUUUGAAAUACAUUUUUGUGGCAAUGGAAAAUUUAAUAAUCAUAGCAAAACACCAGAAAAACAAAAAAAAGCAAAUAUUUUUUGGAAGGGUGGUCUUUAUUCAGGUUUUAGUGUCAUGGUAAAGAUUGAAUCAAGAGACAGUAUUAGUAAAUUUAUUUCGUAUGGAUCAAAAGUGAAUAAUGUAUGAAUGAGAGUUGUAAGAAGGAUUUUUAUUUUGUUAUAACCUAAUUUAGUUACCAUAGUCAGUGUUAUUAUCAGAGGGUUUUCUUUUUUUUGGAAGAAUUUCACAGGAGUUCAGAUUAGAAUUUUAAUAUUUGAGUAUGUGGGGUAUCCCUGUUGCUCAUGAAGAUAUACUUGUAUAUUCCAUUUUGAUGGCUUCUGGAUUUGUAAGAUUGUAUGUUGUAUAUACCAAUUCUAUUAAAAAAACAUGUGCACGUGUGCACUGUGCUUCCAAACAUAGAUAAAGCAUGAUGAUAAAGAUUAUUAUUUAAAAUAUACUUGUAUUUAUACCUCAGAUAUUCUUUUGGGUUUUUGUACCUCAAGGCUUUCUUUUUUGUUUUCCCUGUUGUAAAUACACUUCACGUGAAUACAGUCUAAAUGAAAAAAUUAAGUAAAAGGAAGAGGUUUAUAACUUGCUCUCUAUCUGUACAGACUAUAUUCAAUAACUGCACUAUUAAAUGUUUAAAGUAAGGGAAAAGUCUGGCCUGCUUUCCUUUUGCAAUUCACUCCCACCCCUAAAACCACAGCCUGUAAGGCAGAACAUUCUAGCAUCGCCUAAAACCAAACAGAUAGGUUUGCUGAAGGAAAAGUCGGACUGCAAAUCAUUCCAAGGCCGAACUGCAACUGAGCCACUUACUCACAAACAGGAAACCCUGGUGAAGGUUCAGGAAGCUUGGAGACUCCCUCCAGACAAAGGUCCAGUUAGGGAAGGAUGCUGAGAAAGUCAGAACAGGCAGCAGAAGCUGAAAGAGGCACGUAAGCAGAGUCAAGGUCACCAACUGAGUCCACAACAGGCCUCUUUCCGGCUUGUUCAGCCUCCCUGUUGAAAGGAUUCCUUAUGUAUUUGAAAAGAAGAAUUUGAAGGAUAUGAACAUUUUCAAGAACUCUGCUGAGGUCGCGUAAAGCAAUAUCACAGCGUGCUUGUGUGACUAGUCGCCUAGAUUGUAAGCUCUCUGGCCGAGAGCAGGGCUCCUCUCCCACACAACUUUAUACUCCCCUGCCGCGGCUUUCAGUAUUUUGUACUUGUAGGCACCUAAUAAAUUUAUUAUUUGCUCAACUG